AUGUCCACCCUGUACGAAGACACUCCGCUCCACAUCGAUGCCAGCACGAACAUUCGACUGCUUGAGAUUAUCCAAGCAGAUGACGAAACGGCUCCAAUAGCCUGCACUCUUCGCGUAAUCGCUCUCCAGGAGUCGCCCAAAUACACCGCACUUUCAUACGUUUGGGGCCCACCAACACCCGCAAAAGAUAUUUUAUACGCGAAAACCUUUGGAACUUCAUGUAUCAAGCAAGGAAAGAUCGGCGGACUUGCGCUUUCUGGAUAG